UCAGAAAGGUACUGUUAUGUAGGUAUUGUAUUCUUUAAAGGCAGUGUAUUUGCUCUGCUACGAUUUCAGCCUCAUUAACAGUUAAAUUAUAACAAAACAACUGAAAAAUUCAAUUGAAAUAGUCAUUCGGUAGGAAAUGUUAUCUUUAAGAUAAGACGUGCUUUAUCGACUGGAGCUGUAAAGUCUGUGGAAAGACUAGCUGCUGGCAUGGCACAGAGGACACAAUGACAUUGAUGGGAUCCUUCAUGAGAAACCACAAUGAGGACUUAUAUGCGAAGAGCUGGGAUAACUGGAGCUUUUUUACUUUUAAUAUACAUCAUCAUCUAUGUAAUCAGAAGCUGGAGAGCAGGCAAAUCUUCUCCUGGAGUCACAGAUCAAGAGGUUGUGUGGAAGAAACUGGACCAGAUUCAACAGACUCUAAACAAUCUGGCAAAGCUAAUAGAAGCAUCCAGUCAAAAGAACUCCACCAAUGAACACUUUCCCCACAUGGACCGAAAGAGAGAAAAGAAGAUUGUGGUGCCGAAGUUAUAUCCAAACUCCUUCCUGUUUGCCAAGUGGGGAGAUGGCUUGUCACAACAGGAACAAAAGGAGGCUCAAGGACUGUUUAGGAUUUAUGGAUACAAUGUCUUCCUGAGUAACCGAUUGCCCAUUGACAGGAAGCUUCUGGAUACGAGAGACAAGAGAUGUUUAUUUAAGAAUUAUCCCAAAGACCUGCCAACCAUCAGUGUGGUGCUCAUCUACGUAGACGAGGCUCUUUCUGUCAUUAAGAGGGCAAUACGAAGUAUCAUCACCCACACUCCGAAGCACCUGCUCAGGGAAAUCAUUCUGGUGGAUGACUGUAGCACUUACAAUGACCUUGGAAAACCAUUACAAGACUACAUAGAUCAGAUUCACAAAGAGAGGCCUGGACUCAUUGUGAAAGUGCGGCAUACGCGACAAAUGGGCCUGUCCCAGUCACGGAUCUCAGGUUGGGAGCGUGCCACAGCUGAUGUUGUGGCCAUUUUGGAUGCCCAUAUUGAAGCCACGGAGGGAUGGUCAGAACCUUUGCUGGCCAGAAUCAAAGCCGACAGGACAGUGGUAGUGUCCCCUGUGUUUGAUAAGGUCCAUUUUGAUGACCUACAUGUGGAAAGAUACAGUCCCUCUUCUCAUGGCUUUGAAUGGGGCAUGUGGUGCAUGUAUGAGUCCUUUAGCCCAGAGUGGUUGAAGAUGAAUGAUGAAUCACAGCCUGGGAAGAGUCCCUCUGUUAUGGGAAUCUUUGCAGCAGACAGAGGCUUCCUUGGAGAAAUUGGUGGGCUUGAUGGUGGAAUGACAGUUUACGGAGGAGAGAAUGUUGAGCUUGGGAUUCGUGUGUGGCUGUGUGGAGGAAGUGUAGAGGUUGUGCCUUGCUCCAGGAUAGCUCACAUUGAGAGGGCUCAUAAACCGUAUGCUCUUGACCUCAACCCUGCCAUGAGGAGAAAUGCCCUGAGGGUUGCAGAUAUCUGGUUGGAUGACUACAAGAGGAAUGUAUUGAUUGCCUGGAACAUUCCUAAGGAUCAUGGAAUUGAUAUUGGCGAUGUGUCUGAGAGGAAGAAGCUCAGGGAAAAGCUCCAAUGUAAACCUUUCAAAUGGUACCUGGACAAUGUUUAUCCAAAUCUGGAAACAUGGGACAACCUCUUGGGGUAUGGUUCGCUGCAGAACACCCUUCUGAGGCAACACUGUGUGGACCAGGGAGUCAUCCCAGGAAACAUCCCAAUCUUGUAUGGGUGCCAUUCCCAACAGUCACAGCAUUGCUACUACAACUCAGAUGGUGAAAUCAUCAUUGGAGGGAUUAAAUCUCACAAAUAUGACCAUAACCGUUGCCUGGUUGAUCCUGACUCUGGCAGCACACCCACCCUGCAGGAGUGUCAGCUGGCAAGGCUAAACAAACUACACAUGCACUGGGACUUCAAACAAGGCCAAGCGAUCAGAAACAGAGUGACAAAGAGAUGCCUUGAGGUCGCCCCAGCAGAAAGCUCUUACUAUGAGCUCAUCAUUCAACAGUGCAGUGGACAGAGCUGGACGAUUGAGCAUCUUAUUAGAAGUUUUUAGAUCAGUGCUUAACUAUAAUGGAUAAUCUAUUAAAGCACGAUGAUGUCAAACUGGAUCUUAUUUUCUGUUUUUGUUCUACUGAUUAAUACAAAAUUAAAACCUAAACUGCCAAGUUGACUAGUCACAGGUUGUCAAUGCAUAUUUCCAUAGAAUCUCAAACAGAUUAAGUGUUCAUAUAGUUUAAUAACAAAGCUGUGCAGGAACAGUGGGUACAGCUACAGGAUGGACAUUUGUAAUAAAAUGUGUUGAACCCAAAUCUGGAGAGACAGUG